CAGAACUGAUAGCAGAACUAGAACAUUAACAGAGUUUCAGUACAUUUCCACACAAACCUUUGGAGAGUUUUCAAGAGAAGUAUAAGAAUAAGCCAUGGAGAAAAUGUUCAGAUCCAUUUUUGGAUUAAAACUAUUUGCAAGACCUCGGUCUAAAGGAGAUGUGUACUCUUCGAAGAAGAAGUCCAAACGAAGGAGUGAGAGACCUUCGUCUCCUGAAGACCUCGACCCUCUCACCAUCUUGGGGGAGCACGGACGAAGGGGUGAGAGACCUUCGUCUAGUGGAGGCAACAACCCUUCUAAUAACACGAAGGAGCGCAGGCAAAGGGGUGAGAGCCCUUUGUCUUGUACAGACAAGCCCUCUACCACCAGGCAGCAAGAACCAAAGGAUGUGAGCUCUCUGUUCUUUGUAGGCAACAACCCUUCUACUAACACGAAGGAGCGCAAGCAAAGCGGUGAGAACCCUUUGUCUUGUACGGACAAGCCCUCUACCACCAGGCAGCAAGAACCAAAGGAUGUGAGCUCUCUGUUCUUUGUAGGCAACAACAACCCUUCUACUAACACGAAGGAGCGCAGGCAAAGGGGUGAGAGCCCUUUGUCUUGUACGGACAAGCCCUCUACCACCAGGCAGCAAGAACCAAAGGAUGUGAGCUCUCUGUUCUUUGUAGGCAACAACAACACUUCUACUAACACGAAGGAGCGCAGGCAAAGGGGCAACAACCCUUCUACUAACACGAAGGAGCGCAGGCAAAGCGGUGAGAACCCUUUGUCUUGUACGGACAAGCCCUCUACCACCAGGCAGCAAGAACCAAAGGAUGUGAGCUCUCUGUUCUUUGUAGGCAACAACAACCCUUCUACUAACACGAAGGAGCGCAGGCAAAGGGGUGAGAGCCCUUUGUCUUGUACGGACAAGCCCUGUACCACCAGGCAGCAAGAACCAAAGGAUGUGAGCUCUCUGUUCUUUGUAGGCAACAACCCUUCUACUAACACGAAGGAGCGCAGGCAAAGCGGUGAGAACCCUUUGUCUUGUACGGACAAGCCCUCUACCACCAGGCAGCAAGAACCAAAGGAUGUGAGCUCUCUGUUCUUUGUAGGCAACAACCCUUCUACUAACACAAAGGAGCGCAGGCAAAGCGGUGAGAACCCUUUGUCUUGUACGGACAAGCCCUCUACCACCAGGCAGCAAGAACCAAAGGAUGUGAGCUAUCUGUUCUUUGUAGGCAACAACCCUUCUACUAACACGAAGGAGCGCAGGCAAAGCGGUGAGAAUCCUUUGUCUUGUACGGACAAGCCCUCUACCACCAGGCAGCAAGAACCAAAGGAUGUGAGCUCUCUGUUCUUUGUAGGCAACAACAACCCUUCUACUAACAUGAAGGAGUGCAGGCAAAGCGGUGAGAACCCUUUGUCUUGUACGGACAAGCCCUCUACCACCAGGCAGCAAGAACCAAAGGAUGUGAGCUCUCUGUUCUUUGUAGGCAACAACCCAUCUACUAACACCAAGGAGCGCAGGAAAAUGGGUGAGAGCCCUUUGUCUUCGUCCUCUGAAGACAACCAGCCUUCUCCUCCAAGGAGGCAGCAAGCAUGGGGGGGUGAUAGCCCUUUGUCUUCAUCCUCUAGAGACAACCAGCCUUUUCCUCCAAGGAGGCAGCAAGCAUGGGGGGGUGAUAGCCCUUUGUCUUCAUCCUCUAGAGACAACCAGCCUUUUCCUCCAAGGAGGCAACAAGCAUGGGUGGGUGAGAGCCCUUUGUCUUCAUCCUCUAGAGACAACCAGCCUUCUUCUCCAAGGAGGCAGCAAGAAAAAAGAGUUGAGAGCCCUUCAACUUCAUCGUCUGAAGAUGACGAGCCUUCCACCACAAGUAGGCAGACAAAAAGGGGUGAGAGCCCUUCAUCUUCUGAAGACGAUGAGCCUUCCACCACAAGCAGGCAGCAAGAACAAAGGAGUGAGAGGCCUUUGUCUUUCGCGUAUAUCAGCCGUGCUACCACCUCGAGGCUUGAUAGAGGACUAUUUGUGAGCCUUUUGGCCUCGGUUGGCAAAGACCUUCCUCCCAACUUGAUGCAGGACGGAGGAAGGGGUGACAGCCCUUCCUCUUCAUCUCCUGAAGACAACGAGCCUUCUUCCACAAGGAAGCAGGAAGAUGAAAUGGGUGAGAGCCCUUCAUCUUCUGAAGACGACGAGCCUUCAACCACAAGCAGGCAGCAAGAACAAAGGAGUGAGAAGCCUUUGUCUUCCACAGGCAUCAACCUUGCUACCAUCCCGAGGCUUGACAGAGGACUAUUUGUGAGCCUUUUGGCCUCGGUUGCCAAAGACCUUCCUCCCAACUUGAUGCAGGACGGAGGAAGGGGUGACAGCCCUUCCUCUUCAUCUCCUGAAGAUGACGAGCCUUCUUCCACAAGGAGACAGCAAGAAGAAAUGGUUGAGUGCCCUUCAUCUUCAUCUCGGGUGCACAUCCAAAUGGUUGAGAGACCUUUGUCUCGUGGAGAUUUCAACCCUUCAACCACCUUGAGACAGGACGGACGAAGGGGUGACAGCCCUGCCUCUACAUCUUCAUCUUCUGAAGACGACGAGCCUUCUGCCACAAGGAGGCAGCAAGAAAGAAGGGCUAAUAGCCCUUUACCUAUCUAUCUGAUAGCGAGAAAGUGGCUAGAGGAUGCAAGGAGGAGGAGGGAGGAGGCAGAAAGACAGGAGAUCGAAAAAUGGGAGAGAAAAUUACGUAUGAGUGAGUACGAGUGUGAAGAGAAAUAUAGACAGCUCAGUCUAGAGACGAGGAAGCGGAUUGAAAGGGAAAAGGAGGAGACCGAAAGACAGGAGAAGGAGAAGAGAGAGAGGAAGGAUAGGGAGAUCAUUGAAAGAGAAAAGCAGCGUUUGGAGGAGAAGUGGUUAAGAAUAAUAAGGGUGAGGCGUGAAGAUAUGGAGAAAAAGAACCAGGAGAAGGAGAGGAAAACCUUUGGUCUGCUUUCAAGAAUAUACAUUUGGUGGGUCAGUACCAAGAAGGAACAAAUUUUCCUUGAAAUCAAAUCAAACGUUUUGGCUGAGCACAAACUCGUCCGUCAAGGUCCCCUCAGAAAUCCAAGGAAGUUAAGAGAAAGAGAAAGGCUGGUUGACCAAAGGACGAAGCUGGUUGUGUCCUACAUCAAACAACAGUCUAAGUUGCUGAAAGAAGUGGAGAAGCAAAGACAGAAGAUAGACAGCAAGAAAGUAAGGGUGUGGCGGAAGAAGGUAUGCCACAUCCCAGAAAGACCUUUCUACAGGCCAAUGCCGGUCAGGACACGCACACCCGCACUUGAUACAUACAUCAUGCUUAGGCGCCGAUACCAUUUGUGGUCCAGAGCUCAAGCACCCAUGGAAAAUACUGAGCACUAAUGCCACCUGACCCAAUCUAAUUGAUCCUAAUCUAGCCUAAUUUAACCAAGGUUAGCCCAACACCUAUCCUAUGCUAGCCUAAUUUAGCUUAGGUUAGGUUCUGGCAGAGACCUUAUUUACCAUAACCUAUUCUUACCAAACCUAACCUUAUCUAAACCUAAGAAGGAGAGAUACUAAGGGAGAAGACAGAUGUGUCUUAGCCUUCUUCUUCCUUGGAACCUUGAUUCCAUGUUACCUGUGUUCAGGAGAGGCACAUUAAGAAUGGUUCAUUCAAAAUCUGAAAAGAGAACAUUUCAAUAAGAGGGGAAAAAAAACGAUUGACAUGAGCAUUUUCCACUCCUAAGGUUAAGGUUUGGAUGAAACUAAGGAUCACUUAGGGAUACAUCCCAAAAGAAUCGGCUUGGUUAAGGUGUCACGAACUUCUGUCACCUAUUUUUUAUUUAGUCUUAGUCUUGCCAAAUGUCCUUGUCAGUUUUAGUCAUAUUUAGUCAUUUACAUAUCUUUUGUUGUUAGGGCAAGUUUUAGUCAACUAAAAGUCUCAUAAUUUUAGUCUAGUUUUAGUCAAAAGAGAACUCAAGGUAUCUUAGUCAAGUUUUAGUCAACUAAAAGUCUCAUCAUUAUAGUCUAGUUUUAGUCAAAAGAGAACUCAAGGUAUCUUAGUCAAGUUUUAGUCAACUAAAAGUCUUGUCGCUUUUAGGUUUAUCGAUGUUUAAAGCUCCCAACGUCUCCUUCCAGGCAGCGCUGCAAAAGGAAGGCACUUGGAUUAGGCAAUGGCUAUAGUUAUGAUUAUGGUUAGGGUUAAGGUUAGGGUUAGGUGCU